UGUCGCUGUCGCAAAACAUGUCAUGACCCGUGUCAGAACAUUUAUUCGAAAAAUCCGGAACGUUGACCCACUUCUUGCCGCGCAGCCGCUGCACAGCCGACAUUUGCACACACGUCACAGCUGGCUACACACGUGACGCGCGUGUCGUGCUGUGUGGCUGCGUUGUGCACGAGGCGCGUUGCGUCAGCUGUCGAGCGCUGUGCGGCGAGAGUACACGUGCUACGUCACGCAGGUCUUUCGAUUGCAUCAGGACAACAGGGUAAACAUAUCGCAGUUAUCCGCAGUUUUUUACCUGGGGACCUACUGUCGGUGGUUCUUGUUGCUCGGCCACAGACGACCCUUGGAUUCGGCGUGAGGUGCCCUCAACCCAUCCCACCCUACCUCUAACUUGUGCAGACCAGCCAUGUGCGGCAUCUGGGCCGUGUUUGGAAGCGAUGACGACGUCUCCGUGCAGUGCAACGCCGUCCACCACAUCGCGCAUCGGGGGCCAGACGCCUUCCGAAUCGAGAACAUCAACCACCUCCGCAACUGCUGCCUGGGCUUCCACCGCCUCGCCAUCGUGGACGACAUCAGGGGCAUGCAGCCAAUGCGCCUCUACACCCUGCCCCACAUCUGGCUCAUCUACAACGGCGAGAUCUACAACCACACGGGGCUGGACAAGCAGUUCGACCUGUCUGUCAGCACGGAGUGCGAUGGCGAGCCCAUCAUCCACCUGUACUCCAUGCUGGGAGCGGAGGAGAUGGCCAAGCAGCUGGACGGAGUCUUCGCCUUCUGCAUCCUGGACACCGCCAACCGUCGGGUGGUGCUGGGGCGCGACACCUUCGGGGUCAGACCUCUCUUCCGUCUGCACACGGACCUCGGCUUCCUCGCCGUCUGCUCUGAGGCCAAAGGGUUGUUUGGCCUGUCUCACUCCCUAACCGAUGAGGACGCCACCAUCGAGCCGUUUCCUCCAGGUCACGUGGAAGUCUACGACCUUGACCAUAUGGGUCGCGCUUUUCUGAAGAGCCGGACCCGCUUCAACAGUCCAGGACAAACUCCCUUGUACAAGACUAUGGAGGUGAAAAUGGUUGACGACAUCAAGAAAAACAUUCGAUUGCUUUUCGAGGCUGCAGUGAAAAAACGACUGAUGUCAGAACGGAGGAUAGGAUGCUUGCUUUCAGGCGGCUUGGACUCCAGCUUGGUCGCAGCCACCCUGGUGAAGCUGUCUAAAGAGAUUGGCGUCACCUACCCGAUUCAGACCUUCGCAACUGGCAUGGAAGGCAGCCCGGACCUGGCAGCUGCUCGCAAGGUUGCCGACUACCUGGGCACAGAGCACCACGAAGUGAUAUUCACACCUGAAGAGGGCCUGGAAGCUAUUCCUAGUGUCGUCUAUCAUCUGGAAAGCUAUGACAUCACCAGUGUGCGGGCUUCCGUAGCAAUGUUCCUGGUCAGCCGCUACAUCAAGCAGAAGACCGACACCACGGUGGUGCUUUCUGGUGAAGGAUCCGACGAGGUGGCGCAGGGUUACAUUUACUUCCACAAGGCGCCCUCCGCCGGUGAUGCCCACUCCGAGAGCUUGCGCCUGCUCGAGGACCUCUACCUCUAUGACGUCCUGCGAGGGGACAGAACUACAUCCGCUUGGGGGCUGGAGAUCCGGGUGCCUUUCCUGGACCACAGGUUCACCAGCUAUUACCUGUCGCUCCCACCCGAGCUGCGUCUGCCGCAGGAUGGCGUGGAGAAGCACCUGCUCCGCUCGGCCUUUGACGACGGUUCCUUGUUGCCUAGCGACAUCCUAUGGCGACCCAAGGAGGCCUUCAGCGACGGGGUUUCAUCCCUCAGGCGCUCGUGGUUCAAAGUCAUCCAAGAUUUCUGCGAGGAGCAGGUCAACGACAGCGAGCUGGAGGAGGCCGGGAAACUCUUCAAGCACAACACACCCAGAACCAAGGAGGCGCUGUUCUACCGCAAGCUUUUUGAAGCCAAGUACCCGACCAAGGGCUCAUGGAUCCCCUACUUCUGGAUGCCCCGUUGGUCUACUUCAGAUGACCCGUCCGCGCGCACCCUCAAGCAUUACAAGCAGUAGAGGUCCCGGAUGUAGAACAAAAGCUGGUCGUCGCAUCCCUCCCUCUCCUCGCCCCCCUAUGGUCGCCGCUGUGAUCAGCAAUGGCACACCGUGUCCUCCAGAUCAUCUGAUGGGUGUAACCAUUCCAACAGUUUCACGCGGUAUUGUUGUCUUCAAGGGGAUGAGAUUCUGGAGGACUUCAAAACUGUGUUCUAUAUUAAGUUAGUCUUGAAAGUUUCUUUUUUCAUUUUCAUUUCUUCUUCCUUUAGACAUUAAUUAGUGAGUUUAGGACUCAUAAAAGAUUACUCGAAACUCUUUCACGGGGAUUUGUUCUAACUGCAAUAAAAAUUUAUUUUGAAAAGCA